GAAUUUUCUUCCCACCUUGUUCAUGAUUCCGACUUCUUUCACAAGAAAUACGGAAAGAACGUAUGUGUACGUCUAUCAAUGGAUGAUUCGGCUAACAAGACUGAAUUGAGGGCUUGAGCAAAGAAGGAGGAAAAUAUAGGCUUCGGUCACUGCAUCAAAAGGGUACAAUGUUGUCCCAUCACUCUAAUAACGCGCUGCGCUGGGCUUUUGCAGGAGGAGCUUCUCGUAGUAGUACGCAGCUGUAUUCCAUACUCCACUUUAGUACGAAUAGCGACAGCAAAGGCGGAUCUGUUGGCGACUACUUCAAUGCAUUGCGAUGGAAGGCUGCCGAUGCACUAACGUCUAAUUUGCCCGAAGAGGAAAGAAAUUUACUGCUUGGCAAAUUAUCAGCCAAUAAUCGUAAAGUAAGUUCUGAAAAACUACGUGACGAUGCCUCACCUCAAGCAACUGGAUUCGACACGGAAGAAGAAAAUAACAUGACGAGUUACCAGCCUUCCAUAGCAGAAGCGGUAGCCGCUACCAAGUUGCGAGAAGCAGAGCGAUACGAAGAAAAGUGGAAGAAUGAGAAAGAGGCACUUAAAGCAGAGGCAGAGGCGGCAGCUCGUGCUCGCAUAGAGAGUGAUCUGACAAUUCAGAAAAGGCAGAUUGCCUUUAAAGCUUGGAAGUCUCAAUUGGAACAGGAAAAAAUGGAACACRAGACUGAUUCUGACACUCAAAUACUUAGCAAAAACAAAAAAUCGAACACUCUUGGAGAACACCCAGUAUUAGGACCCCUUAUUGCUGAUUUGGGGUACAAGAGGAUCCAUCUUGCCUCCUCCAAAGACCUGGCCACUAUUCCAGUGUGGAAAAAGCAAAGAAUAUACCGACACGGACGUUCCAAAAGCAUGGCUACCGACAAAAUCAAAACUCUUCAUCUUGGUAUGCCAGGAAUUAUUGGAAUUUUUGAGGUAAGUAACGGAACGAAAAGGGAGCAUACAAGUACGAACGUACUGGUCAGACUGUUACAAGUAUCAUCUAAUUCAACGCUUUCCUUUUUCUUUUUCCGCAAUAAUUUUAGAACAGUGAUGGUAGCCUCGUUAUUAUUGACGGGCAGCAUCGGAUCGGUAUGUUGAAAGUCCUAAAAGACAAAGUGUCGGACGAUGAUUUUAACUUUGAAAGAGUUUUAGUGGAAGUUUUCCCGUCGCAAAUAGAGCAUGACGAAGAAUUGCAGACGAAAGAGAUUUUUUUGGAAGUGAAUAAAGCUGAACCAGUGAAGCUGGUGGAUUUACCAGGAGUGGCGAAAGCAAAAGAUAGAAAAAUUAUCAACGAAGUGGCGGAGCGUUUGCGAAAUAAUUUUCCUGACAUGUUUAGCGAAAGCCAGCGAUGCCGAGUUCCACAUUUGAAUGUCGAUAACUUGCGGGAUGCACUUUUUGCGUCAAAAAUUAUCGAAAAGCAUUCCCUCAAAACUACCAAGGCUUUAGAAGAGUGGAUUAUGGAGCGAAACGAUUUGCUAGCAACUGAGUUUCAAGAAGAGACCAGCAGAAAUUCGGUCUCACUAAAUGCUUUGAAGAAAGCUGAAAAGUUUCAAUUCUAUUUAGGACUUGAUUCGGGUUGGCUUUAUAAGUAGAUAUCAAAGUUAAUGACGCUGAGAGAAAAACCAGAUGACGGUAAAGAAGAUUGGUCGCAGUGUCGAAUAGAAAGGUGACUUCCCAAGGCGUAAAACAAUAUACGAGCAGCGCCCAGCUCAUAGAUCCUGAUUGUGUUUUUAUUGUUCAAUGUAUGUAAUCCUCCAAUUUUGAGCAGGGCAAUCAACUGAGCUGCAGAAAGUCCUUACUAAUUUCGAACUUGUAAUUGUAGCGUUAUGAAAAUUUCUUUAAAUAAAUAAUGUCUUCGUCAAUUGCGUACCGUAGCUAUCGAUAAAAACAAUCAGUUAAUCCUCUUUUGCUUGUCCAUUCAGUGACUUCAAAGCUCCAGUCACCAUAUCUUGCAAUUCUUUAAAAUGAUCUUCGUCAAAUGUCUCUUUCUUUUCCACCCAGUCUGCCAAAAUUUUUUCGAUGAUGGAGUGAAGGUCAUUCACUGCACAACUUGAAUCUUGGCAAUGAGGACCCAAGACACCGAUCCCCCUCACCAAUGUCUCUUGUACAGUUACUGGAACAAAUACAUCAGACGAAAAUAGCUCACAUAUGGCUUUGCAGAAGCUUGAACUAAGAGAUAGAAUAAUUUCACUGUCCAUCCUUUCCUCCGAUAACUCGAGGUAAACAGAAAGGUCUUCGACAAGAUCUGCGGACAAUCCUGCUAACCUUUGAAUCAAUUUGGUAUUGGCAGAAUUGAAGCCUUCUUGCGAAAGCUUUUUGAAUUUCUGUCCUAAUCUAUCAAAACCUUUGAAUUCGGCGACRUGUUUUUGCGCAACAGCAUUCCCUCGAAGUAAUGCACCUAUGGCAUAUAUGCCUUUUGUUAAAAGUGUCCUAAUUUCCCAUGAGCUCGGAUCGUCAUAUUUUUGACAGAAGACAUCAACGAGCAGAUCGAUCGCUGUGACCAAUUUUUCAUUUUUCAGAGCUACUGGCUCGACUGCGUAUGGGAAGAAUUCUUCUGUAUUUUUCACUGCAGUACCGAUGACCCAAGCAGCAUGAGAUUGAAUAGUUCGAAUCUUUGCUUGAUUUACUCGUGAAAGCCCGUCAAUUCGUUGAUCUAUUGGCACGUGGGAUUCUUCCGCCACAAGCUUCACCAAUAAGGGCCAACCAUCCAUUGUAUGAAAAUCUCGAGCCAUGUCAAUAUCAGAUAGCUGAAACUCCAAAUCUUUUAAUAACGACACGAUGUCGGUGACGAUGUCAUCGUCGUAAUCUGCUUCUAGAUCAAUAGAUUUCAAUUCCGUUUCGGGGUUUGCUAGGUACUCCUUGAUGCCUGCAAUCCUUGCUUUCAAAAUUUCAGGAAAAUUCAAUUCCGCUUCAAGCAAAUCUGCUUGGCGCUCGUUCCAUAUUUCCAGCAUGCGUUCUUCAAAGGCAAGCCUCAACGGACCCUCUUUGGAAUCCGGGAGUUCAGGCAGGCCACCCAUUGCCACUAUUUCCUCUGGUGGUAGUUUUGAAAGUGUUCGAUGCAUCAUCUCAAAGUUAUAGUUCGUUGAAUUUUGGGGCUGUGUGAUAUCCUCUUUCUUGACCUCGUUUACGGUGACCGAUCCGUCGUUAUCAACGACCGCCAUUGCUACAGAACUUUCACCACUUCCAUCCGCAUUUUUCUUGAUGUGAACAUCUUUGACUUCGGCGUCGUCGUCAUCGUCCAUGAGUUUCACCCAUUUUUCUCCGGUUGUCAUGUCCAUUCUCACAUGUGCACCGGCAGGGAUGGUAUCAUUUCCUUCGACGCGCUGCCAUUCUUUGGUAGCCUCAAUUUCUUUCGCAUAGCAAAACAAAGAACAUCUUGACCU